UCUUCCACGGUGCGGCCUGAAAUUGCGUCUCCCAUCUUCAACGAGCACGCGCAGAGCGGCGCAGCGCGGGGUCGGCAGGGCUCGGCGGCAGCGGGGGCCGGGCUUAGGGCCACCCGCGCCUUCCGAGGGGAGGGGAAGAAGAGCGACGGCGGGAGGGGAGGCGGCCGGACGGCUACCGCCAGCGGCCGCCGAUCCCCACCCCCCGUGUCCCUGGCCGCGCAGCCUGCGGUCAGCGGGCAGCAUGGCUGGCGAGCUGGAGGAUCUGAGCAGCCGGGAGGCGCAGAACGUCUGCGAGGCCCUGGGGCGCUACGAGGACACCCUCCGGGGCGCCGUGCGCGAGAUCCACGUGGACAUCCAGGUGUUCAAGCAGGGCGUGGGGCGGCAGGUGGAGGAGGUGCUGCGCCUCGCCAGCCCCCUGGCGCACACCGUGUCUGAGCUGCAGCAGGAGAACCGGCGCUUGCGGGCGCAGCUGGAGCGCCUGUCCCGGCAGGUGGAGGCCCUCGGCCGGUCGGCGGGGCUGCCGCAGGAGUGGGCGGACGAGGCGGCGCGGAGCCCCCAGGCCGCGGGAGCCGGCUCUCCGGGACAGGGUUCGGCCGGCGGCAGGUUCUCCAGCCAUGCCAAGCUGGCUGUCACCGGCCGGAGCCAAAGUGUAGAUCUGGAUGACCGCCACAAAUCUGAGUUUAGAAGAGUUUUUAGUUCUUCCAUCAUUGAAAAUGGUGAUCAGUCUUCAUCAGUAGGUCAGGCGAAAGUCUCCCAUGAACUGACCUGUUUUCACAUGUCAGAGACAUCCCCUGAAGCCCAUGCCCCUGCAGUCACCUUACAGAUGCCCCAUCUUCCCGUUACUGCAGUAACCAGAAUACCAGAGAAGUUUUCAGGAGAGACCACUUGUUCAACAGGAACAACUAAUGCGUCUGCUGGCCUGCAGGGACAGAGCAAGAGCAAAAAUGCGAUGGCAGCGAAAACGUCCAAUCAGUCAGUGAAGGCCUGGAAUUCAAGUACAGUGACAACAGUGGAUUCAUCUGCUACUGGAGAGAAUACUACUGUCACUAAAUCUGUCUCAACUGUGAGCUAUGGGACGAGUAGUGGAACCAAAACUGGUGAAAGUGCCACUGACAGUUACUGUGAUGUGAACCCCAGCUCUCACUCCUCUCCUCCCCCUGUACAGCGCCAAGUUGAAAGGAGGCGAGAACUGGUGCGGUCUCAGACGCUCCCACGGGCUAUAGGAACACAGGCCAGGAAAGCGCUUUUCGACAAAUCUGAAUAUGAGGCUGGAAAAGGAAAAGGUGAAUCCAGAGCUAAGCUGAAGAGGUCACAGAGUUUUGCCGUUGCCAGCGCUAGCAGCAUUAAACAAAUUCUGUUAGACUGGUGUCGUUCAAAAACCAUAGGAUACAAGCACAUUGAUCUCCAGAACUUCUCCUCAAGCUGGAAUGAUGGGAUGGCAUUUUGUGCUCUUGUGCAUUCUUUCUUUCCUGAGGCUUUUGAUUAUAAUAAGCUGGACCCAGCUAAUCGCAAGCAGAACUUUGAGCUGGCCUUCACCGUGGCUGAGAAAAUGGCUCACUGCGAUCGUCUGAUAGAAGUGGAUGACAUGAUGGUGAUGGGUCACAAGCCAGAUCCCAUGUGUGUCUUCACGUAUGUCCAGUCUCUAUACAAUCAUCUACGAUGCUUUGAAUAAACCCACUGACACCUCUCCAGCCUGAAGGGUCAAGUACACUGCUAACAGGAAGAGUGGCAUUUUGCAAAUGGAACACUGUUAUUUCUUGCUUUUUAUUGUCCCUUUGCUUACAUUCAGCUGUGUGGCUGACUGAAGUGUUGCUGAGCAAUGCCCCCAAAGUCUUGCAUCACAUCAGCAUGUCAGUAAUACAGAAAUACAUUUUAAAAAGGCAGAAAACAUAGGGAAGGGUAACUUUGGUGCUAGUAGAAGGUUGGAUUUUUAAUAUUCUUAAAUUUAAAGAUCACAGGAAGCUAAAUUGCUGCUCCUGUCUUUUAAGCUGGGGACACAGUCUUAUGCAGUGACAGAUAACUCUGCUACGAAGGUGUUCCCUCUUAAAAUGCAGGUAAAACUCCAGAAAAUAGCAUCUUCAAUUCCAUUUCUCUGUUAAGCAUGGCACAAAAUCAGUAGCAGAUGGACAAGGAAAAUUCCGAGAGUACUCAACUGCUAGGGCAUUAUUGCCUCUCCUCUACCCUACCCCCCCACUGUAGCAUACACGCAUGUACACACACACAUCACAGGCAUUGUUCUGUUCUCUUAAAGCCAAACAAGAACAUAGCCUCUUACCUGCUGACUGGGGCGACAUCAGAUAACUACCAUGUUACACAACAGCAUUUGUCUGUAAUGGUCAAAUCUAAAGUGAUUUGCUUAGAGGCUUGCUAAAGCCUCUGCUUGCAGUCCUGCAUUAAUUUCUUGAUCAUGAAGAAUAGCAACAGCUGGGCUGUUCUGUGUAUGAGAGUAUGUUUGCAUGAUUUAGAAUUACAGGGAAGGCGGGGGGGUUAGCAAGGUACAAAAUCCUCUGAACAGUCCUAAUAGAUGCAAGACUGUAAUGUGCUUUGACCCAGACUCUGGGGGAAAGCAACUCUCCAGUGUGUACCAGAAUGAAAUCUUGAUGACUUGCUCAAUCCUUGUGCUGACUCAGAGGUGGACAGGCAAUAUGCCAAAAAAGUAUGAAAGGUGGGAGUCUUGAAAUGCCUCGGACUAGUUUUCGUUUUCAGUUAAAUCAGUGUUAAAACCACAAUACAGUAGGAUUAUCCCAGAUUUACUGGACAAAAAGGUCAUGUGUCACCCUUUCUGGUUUUUUCUUUGAUAAAUCAACAGAGCUUUGUUUUCAUAGUGAAUGUUAAAAAUAAAACCAGUAAAAAAGCAUACUUCAAAAAAGAAGCUUUUUACAAGUACUUCUACCCUAAGAACAGGCUCAUAGAAAGUAAAAACUGAAAGCCAUGAGCCCUCUGCUCAUGCUAGAAAAUGUUUUUUAACCUGCAUUUGUCCUUUUUGUAGAUAUUUAUAAACAUUACUUUGGCUCUGUAUUGAUGACCAUUUAUAAUAAAAUGUCACAUGCUCUUCAGAUUUACUACUUCUCUUUAGAAUGAAGGGGCAGAUAACAAAGUAAACUCAGUGAAAAGAACCUAGAGCUUUUCCUUAGAAGAUUUUUAUUCUAGUCAUAAUGCUGUGUGCUCCGAAUUUCAGUUUUAAAAGUACAGAGGUGGCAUUUACCACCUCUCCGGGCAACCUGUGGCAGUGUUUAGUGGCGUUUGGAACAAGAUUUUAGUUCAGCCUCCCUUUCUAGUGAAGUUUACUUAAGAAACCCUGAGUGAAGUAACCACUUUCAUUAGCCAUCUCAGAAAAAAAAAAAAAACCAAAAAAAAACCCAAACAAACAAAAAAAAACCACCACACACAGAGGGGAAAAAAAAAAAAAACCCAAAACAAAAAACCCAAAAAAACCAAACCCCAACCCCCAAAAUGUGCAAAGGUAAAGUAUAACUUAAUGUGAAGGUCUGGAUCAUCAAGUUCUGUUUGAAGGGUACCUAGGCUGUUACUAUGACACUAUGGAAACAUUUGAAAGACUUUUAGUAUCCAAAAGAUACUUGGUCAAACUAGCAUUGUUGAUCUCACAGCUUUAAUCCAAGUGGACAGAGGUUGGGUGAGCUGUUCAUAUUUGUCAUAUGACUUCAGGUUUUGGCUUUGUCUUGAAUGACCAUAGUUCUGAGAAGGAAGCGUGCUCCUGUUGCUCCAUGAAAUGCACCUUAAGGAUAAACACACCAUACUUGCGUUUUGGAGAGGUGAUUAAAGUAAGCAUGAUCAGAAAUCUAUCCACAACUGGCACAUGCAAUACAUGUACUUGCAUUCUUACAGCAGAAUAUUUUCAAUUGACUAGCAGAGCCAAGUUCCAUCAUAGCUAUAAGAAGAGGAGAAAUACUGGCUUUAUACAUCACAUUCCUUCGUAGUCCCAGAUCAUGGGUGAUUUUCCUGUCAAAUGAAUGUUAAAGACACAGGUAAGUGGUUGGCCAGUUCAGGCCUACUAGCAUAUUACAGACAUUAUUGCCAAUUCACUGGGGGGGGUGGGAGUGUGCGUUACAUCUUUUCUAUGACUUAAUUUGCUGUCACAGGUAUCCAGAAGCUAUUUUAUAGGGUUUUUUUAAAGUCUUCCCACUUCAGAGAGGUGAUGGUAAAGAUAUCUGGUACUUGCCAGCAAACUAAUUGCAGGGGAGUGGAAGACAAUAAGCUGAUUUUAACUGCUCGUGGUUUGCAUGUAGGAAGAUGAGGGAGAUGGUGUUACGACAUAAUUUUAACUUUGACUAUGAGAUUGUAUUAUUAAAUCCAAAUUAAAGUAUGUAA